CCGGCGGCCGGCCAGCUGUGACACAUUCGCGCUAAAGAGUCGGUAGCGGUCGGUGGCGGUCUGCGUCCUGCACUCCAGCAACAACAGCAGUACCACCGCAUUACUGACCAGCCAUGAUGAAAACGGGUGCCACCAAGUCGGGGCUGCCCAAAACAGGGCUGCCCAAAACAGGGCUGCCCAAAACAGGGCUGCCCAAGGCGGGGCUGCCCAAGACAGGGCUGCCCAAGGUGGGGCACAAGGACCGGGCAGAGCAGGCCUCUUCAGCUUUUUGUUCCUCCUCCACCACCUCCACAAACAUGAGGACUUCCAGAUCGUCCAACACACUGGCCUCAGAUCAGCGUCUUAGCAGGCUUAAACGAGCCAACAGUGAUGAUACUCUGACAAAGCCUGCACUGGGAGGAGCUGCCUCUGGCUCACGUAUGAAGAAGACUGUGACCACUGGAGCCAUCGCAGAUCUGGCUGAGGCCGGCCCCCGAAGUCUGUCUAGUUUUCAAGCAACUAAGAAGUCUGGCAUCCCGACCCCUAGAGAAGUUCCUUCAUCCAUGACAAGGGACCGCAUCUCCUUGAGGGACCAGUUAAAGACCUCUACCUCUAAGAGGAUUGUUUCUAGUGCUAGCACUUCUAGCCUCUCUACCUUGGCAAAACAAACGCGUAGUUCAACAAAGUGGCGUGGAGAUGCAGAGGGCCAGGAAAGGGGCCUCCUGGAAUGUCAGGUUAAAGAGUUGUUUGCUGAAGCUAAGGCUAAAGACUUGAUGAUUAGCAAUCUUCGCAUUGAGUUGCAACGCUGCCAAGGUAAAGCCUCGACUUCCCCAUCAUCAUCACCUGUCUCUAAGUCACCUCAAGAUCUGUCUACAGAACAUAAUGAAAAUGUUGCAGAGGCUCUUGUACUAGUUGGGGAGCUGAGAGAAAAGAAUGCAAAGUUUCAAAAAGAGCUGGCAAACCUGAGGGAGGAAAACCAAGUUCUCAAGAGAAGGCUUAUGAGUUUUGAGAGCUCACUACUGCCAAGCAGUCCUUCUAAACCUCAGAAAAAUGGCCUGCCUUCAGAGUCCAAUUCUUUUGGUCAACAAUUAGAUCACCUCUCUUCCCCCAGCCUUCUUAAACCUUCUGUCUCUUCUACGUCUUUUAAAGACUCACCUUCACCUGACUCGUCAGGGUUUGAGAAAAUUCCAAGUUUAGAACCCCUCAGCAGCAGUGUCAGCGAUGAUGCCACUGCAAGUAGGCAGGAUGUGUCGGUGCAAAGUCUAACAGAACAGAUUCACAAGAUGGAAGAAAAUCACCAUAGCACUGCUGAGGAGUUGCAAGCCACUCUGCACGAGCUCACUGACCAGCAGCAAGUGGUGCAAGAGCUGACUGCAGAAAAUGAACGUCUUGUUAACGAAAAGCUCCUCCUGCAAACCUCACUUCAGCAGCAAAGGGAACGUUUAGAGGUGCUGGCCAAAAAGAACGAGGUACUCGCAAACCGAUUUCAGGAGCAGGCCCUGGCUCAGUCCUUGAGAGAAGAUAAGUUCAACAGCGAAGGUCCUCGACUUGUCGAACUGGAGCAAAGGUAUGCUGAACUGGUUGAGAGCUCCCGCUUCGAAAGAGAGAAGCUGGUGAACAUUCAGCAGCAGCUAACUAGCGGCCUACGCGCUCUUGAGAAGGAACACCAGGAGGACCAGGGCCAGGUGCAUUGCUUCAGAGAAGAGAUGGACAGGAUGCACACCCAACUGAACAGGGAGUUAGAAGCCAAAGGUCACGCCGCAGAGUCUGCAGAAGAGCACAAGGCUACAGCAGAUUGUCUCAGACUGGAAAACAUUAGGCUGAAGGCACAGCUGGACAUAGAAAGGCAAAAGAUAGGUCAAAACCUAAUGGUGGGUGACCUGAAGGUCAUGCAGAGUACCAGUGAUUGUACGGAGCUGCAGGACCUGCUGAAGAUAGCCCAUGGGGAGAGGGACCAACUGAAGCAGGAAGUGAGAGAGCUGAGGCAGGACCUGUUGCAAGCCCAAGCUGAGACUGAGCAUGCACAAGCUACCAUGUCCAAGAUGGAGGCUAAAGGCCAGCAGAUCCUGGAGAGAGCAGAGAUAAGGGAGCAGGAGAUGAGCAGUCGAGUGAGUGCUUUGGAGGAGGCGGGGAUCCAGGCUGAAAAACAAGUGAAGGAGAUGAAAGAAACCAUCUUCGAACUGGAGGACCAGGUCGAGCAGCAGCGGGCUGUAAACCUUCACACUAAUCAAACUGUGCUAGACUUGGAAAAUCUUGUUAAAAAGUUGGAGGUGCAGAAAGCGGAUGUAGAACAAAAACUGAAAGUUUUCAGUAAACAAAUGGAGGAGGAAAAGGAUGAGUGGCGUCGGUUCCAGGCUGAUCUCCAGACGGCAGUGGUAGUUGCCAAUGACAUCAAGGUGGAGGCUCAACAGGAGCUGCGUACAGUCCGAAGGAAGCUGCAGGAGGAGCAGGCUCGCAGUGCAAAGCUUUCUGCUAACAUGGAGGUGCUACAAGGUGUCAGGUCUCAAGGUGAUGAUUUAAAAGCGGUGGAAUUUGAGGGCAGCCGUCCGUGGUGCAGCAUGAUCCCGAGCCCACCUGUAGAUACCAAUGGUGAUGCUGACACAGAACCUGGAGCUACUGUCAAGUCCCUCAUUCAGUCCUUUGAUACGGUUGAACACAGGGGACCUGCAGUCCACACAUUUCAAAUCCAAAGCUCACCUCGAAGUCCGCUGAGUGGAAUACCUUUGCGCACAGCACCUGCUGCUGCAGUGUCGCCUAUCCAGAGGCAGUCUCACAUAAAGCCCCUGUCAAAGUUGUUGGAAAAACGCAUCACUCACGGAAACUUUGUUCAUCCUCUCAAUAUUUUAUCCAGCAGUGGGGAAGACAUGAAAUCUAACAUCCUUAUGAGGAAGAGUCCAUCGCUGGAGUCCAUAUUUAAAAGUCCUGCUUCUCUAAGAAACCGCACGGCAUCUUUUAACUGCAACCAGGCCAACAGCAAAUUCAGUGUGGAAAGACAAGACCCCCUGGCUUCACUUGCGCAGGAGUAUGGGGGAUCUAAGAGGAACGCGCUACUGAAGUGGUGCCAGAAGAAAACACAAGACUAUCCGCAUAUUGACUUGACCAACUUCAGCAGCAGUUGGAGUGAUGGCUUGGCUUUUUGCGCCCUCCUGCACACUUAUUUGCCCGCCCACAUCCCUUACCAGGAACUCAUCACUCAAGAUAAGAUUCGGAAUCUGACUCUGGCUUUUCAGGCUGCUGAGAGCGUUGGCAUCAAAACCUCCUUGCAGAACGUUGAGGAGCUGAUGAAGACCGACAGGCCCGACUGGCAGAGCGUCAUGCAGUAUGUUUCACAGAUCUACACCUACUUUGAGACCUGACUCCUGUUUGGUGGUGGUGGGUAGAAGACUUUGACACGUCUGCACUACAUUCAAAGAAUCCACCUGCUGGGUGCUGGCUUUUAACUCACUGGGACGUUGUUGAGCAGCUAAUUUCUAAUCAAAUGGUCUACACACACACACACACACACACACACACACACACACACACACACACACACACACACAUACACACACACACACACACACACACACACACACACACACACACACUCACAAUGGUGGGACAGUGACAUCUAUUUUUACAGACCUUAUCCAAAAAACUGCCACACUGUCUGUGAUUUUUUUGGUUUUAUCCACAAUUUCUUCAUUUUAACUUUCUCUUCAUGCAAACUUGUCUGUGCAGUUUGUUGUCAUUGUGCCAAAACCCGUCUUAGCUAUUUGAUCGAUACAUGAUCAAUACAUAAUCAAUACAUGAUCAACACUCUUCAAUGAUGGAAGUGGCUUUAAGCGCGUACUUGCACUCGGCCAUUUGUGCUCCUCUUGUUCCUCUCCCUUACACUUUUAUUGCAAUUUCUCUGACUGUGGAUCAUUCCCAGUCAGAUUUGUAGACAUACUGUUUAUUUAUAUUGCUAUUAAUUACUUGCAAGAGGAGCAAUCCCAUUCAUUGAAUUAAGACAUCUGAAUUAUGCACAAUUAUGCAGGGACUUCUGUUGAUCAUGUCCUGCCAUGUGGGACUUGAAGCGGAUUUAAUGCUGAAACAAUUGCUGAAAAGUUUGUGAAUUUUUUUUUUUUAACAGAAGACCUUGCACUCUGUAUUGUUGUAAUACUGGACUACACAUUCAUCAUAUCACUCCUGUGAAGUUUUUUUUUUUUUGCAUUAAGACCGGGCAGCAGUAAUACUGCAGCUGCUUUAUAGUACUGUGCAUUCGGAAAGUAUUCACAGCGCUUCACUUUUUCCACAUUUUGUUAUGUUACAGCCUUAUUCCAAAGAAGAAUACAUUUAUUUUUGUCCUCAAAAUUCUACACACAAUACACUAAUAUGACAAUGUGAAAAUGUUUAAUUUUUUUUGCAAAUGUAUUAAAAUAAAAUAAAAUACUCACAUAGGAGCGUUGGGUUUUAUCCAGGAUGUCUCUGUACAUUGCUGCAUUCAUCCUUCCCUCUAUCCUGACUAGUUUCCCAGUUCCUGCUGCUGAAAAACAUCCCCACAGCAUGAUGCUGCCAACACCAUGCUUCAUUUUAGGGAUGGUAUUGGCCUGGUAAUGAGCAGUGCCUGGUUUCCUCCAAACAUGAUGCCUGGCAUUCACGCCAAAGAGUUCAAUCUUUGUCUCGUCAGACCAGAGCAUUUUGUUUCUGAAAGUUGUCUGAAAGUCUUUCAAGUGCAAUUUGGGAAACUUUUUACUAAGAAAUGGCUUCCGUCUGUCCACUCUAUAAUACAGGCCUGAUUGGUGAAUUGCUGCAGAGAUGGUUGUCCUUCUGGAAGGUUCUCCUCUCUCCACAGAUGAAUGCUGUAGCUCUGACAGAGUGACCCUCAGGUUCUUGGUCAGCUCCCUGACUAGACUAAGAUGAAUGCAGCAAUGCACAGAGACAUCCUGGAUAAAACCCAACGCUUCCCAUCCAACCUGAUGGAGCUUGAGAGGUGCUGCAAAGAGGAAUGGGCCAAACUUCCCAAAGAUAGGUGUGCCAAGCUUGUGGCAUCGUAUUAAAAAAGACUUGAUGCUGUAAUUGCAGCCAAAGGUGCAUCAACAAAGGAUGUGAUUUUUUUAGUUUAAAUAAAUUUGCAAAGUUUUAAAACAAAAACGUUGUCACAUAGUCAAUAUGGGGUACCGUGAGUAGAAUUUUGAGGACAAAAUUGAUUAUUCCGUUUUGGAAUAAGGCUGUAACAUAACAAAAUGUGGAAAAAGAAAGUGCUAUCAAUACUUUUCGGAUACACUGUAUAUCUGCAUUACAGAAAGGGAAGUAUUUAAACACAGCUGCUCUUCUCUUUGCAGCUUCCACUCUUUUUGGGUAGUUUGAAAAAAGUAUUUGAAGGGCUUGAGGUUGGCUGCAAAUUCUUUCGCACCAAAACUUAUGUAAACGUGCCUUAUUGAACCUUGCUUUAGUCACAUGGGGCUGCCCUCAAACUCUUCCUACAAAGUUGUAGUCAUACAGUUCUUCAAAAGGUAAAUAAAUACAAUUGAGGCUAAAUAUUUAUAGAUAUAUCUGUGUAGUGUAGAUUAAACUGAGGAAAUGCCAUACAUACUUUUUGUUUUUGAAAAGGAAACAAAACUAUUUAUUUAUUUAUUUACACUUCCUAAAGGAUUUGAUUGUGAACAUUUGUGCAUUUUGUUAUUUAAUGAUGUCAAAUUUGAGCUGUUGGAUUAAUAAAGUAAUGUCAUUCUU